AUGGGUAAGAAAUUAUUUCAUGCUUCGCAUUUUCUAAAAAGUUUGUCUAGAAGAUCUCCUAAGAGAUAUUCUAAAUUGAAGCCGGUCAUUAAAUCAGAUACUUAUAGAGUAAAGCCGGGGAAACCCCUAGAAGAUCAAAGGUUAAAAAAAUACUGGAAGAAUAGAAAACAUUUGUUUUCUAAAAUAGAUGGAAACCAAAUUUAUAUGACUCCUGAACUGUGGUUUAGUGUUACUCCGGAAGAUAUUGCAAGAUUUUUAUCUCAAUUUAUCAAAGCAUGUUUACCUCAAGCACGUUGUAUAAUGGAUGUAUUUUGCGGUGGUGGUGGAAAUUCAAUCCAGUUUGCUAAAGUAUUUCCUCGUGUUAUUGGGAUAGAUAACAAUUUGGAACAUCUUUAUUGUACUGCAAUGAACAGUCAUGCUUAUAAUGUUGACGAUCAUUUAUGGUUGAGAUAUGGAUCUUGGUCUAGAACGUUUGCUAAGAGAAACAAAUCAUGGUUGAGUAAAGAGACUAUCGAUUGUAUCUUUGCAUCUCCACCUUGGGGAGGGCCACAAUAUCUUAAGUCUGGUUUAUAUGACCUAGAGACUAUGCUAAUACCAAUGGGUAUCACAUCAUUACUUGAAACGUUCAAGCAAUUGAGUAGCAAUAUUAUAAUAUUCUUGCCAAGAAAUUCAAAUCUAAGUCAAUUAUCACAAGCUACGAGUAGAGUAUUUGGUCCAGAUGUGAAAUGUAAAGUACUAUAUGUAAAACAAAAUGGUUUUAUGAAGGGGAUAUUAUGUAUGUGGGGUGAUUCCCUCAUGUAUUAUCAAACUGAAGAUGAAGAAACGCGGAGUAUACAAGAAAACAGUAAUGUCAUUAACAUUGAUACUGAUCUGUCAGAUAGCUCUGAACCAAAUUCAAAACAACCUCAAUCUUCAAUAUCUAAUAUUGAUUUGUAUGAUAUAAAUGGCUAG